AUGCGAUACUCGAUUCAGGGACUUUUGCUGGCCGCCUCUCUGUCCUCUGUCGAGGCAGAGCGUGUGGUUGGUGCUUAUAUCUUUGCGCGUCAUGGAGAUAGAACGCCCAAGGUCUUUGGCAGCACCCAGUUGACUGACCUGGGUUACCGUGAAGUUUUUGAUGCCGGUUCUUUCUACAACCAGCGAUAUAUCUCCGACAAUUCCUCCAAGCAGAUUGAGGGAAUCAGCUCAGAAAUUGUCAACCCGAAGCAGAUCAGUGCCACUGCUCCUUCGGAUGCCGUGUUGCAGAACUCGGCCACUGGCUUUUUGCAGGGCGUGUACCCCCCAGUCGGUACGGUAGCUUCCCAGACCCUAGCCAAUGGCUCCUCGGUCGAGGCACCCUUGGGCGGCUACCAGCUUAUCCAGCUGUCGGCUUCGACUUCGAGCAAGAACAGUGAGGAUGCUACAUGGUUGCAGGGCGCCAGUGGCUGCCAAAAGGCAAGCCUGAGCAGCAACAACUACUUCACCUCGGACUCCUACACUGCUCUCCUGUCCUCCACCAAGGACUUCUACCAGUCUCUCUCCCCCAUGCUGGAAGGGGCCUUCUCUUCCCCCGAGAUGUCCUUCAAAAAUGCCUACACCAUCUUCGAUUACCUGAACGUCGGCAGAAUCCACAACACUACCAGUACUUUCCCUCACAAGUCAGAUCUGACCGACGAGAUCUACCACCAGCUGAUCUCCCUCGCCGGCAGCCACGAGUUCAAUCUGGCGUACAACGCCUCUGAAAAGGUGCGCGCCAUCGAUGGCGCUGUCCUGGCCGGUGAGAUCCUGGCUGGUCUCAACGAUACUAUCGCCACCGAGGGCAAGUCGAAGCUGAAUGUCGGAUUCGGUUCAUACGGCACCAUCUUCUCGCUCUUCGGUCUGCUGCAGAUGCCUGCUGCCUCUGUCAAUUUCACGGGUAUCCCAGACUACGCCUCGUCAAUGGUCUUCGAGUUGGUGACCAAUGCCUCGGGCACCGACUUCCCUUCGACAUCCGACCUCAGCGUACGCUUCAUGUUCCACAACGGUACCAUCACUGGUGGCUCCGAGCCCACCGUUUACCCACUGUACGGCCAGUCCAGCGAGCUCCUCUCCUGGGAAGACUUCUCCUCCAAGACCAAGGAGAUCGCCGUGACCUCUGACGAGGAGUGGUGCACCAUGUGCGGCAACACAGAUGGCAAGUGUGCCAGCUCCGACAACCCCACCACCUCCAGCGCCGCCAGCACCUCUAGCACUGGCGGCUCAGGCAUGUCUCGGGCCGUGGCCGGUGUAAUUGGCGCUAUGGUCACCCUCGCUGUGAUUCUUGGUUUGCAGGCUCUGUUCUUCCUGGUUGGUGGAUUCCGCAUUGCUAAGAGGAACAAGGCUGGUCCUGAGGUGAGCUCGCAUGCUGUUGUGGAGGUGGAUAAGAAGGCCUAG